AUGGUUCGGAUGAUUCGACACACUGUAGAGGAGAAUUCUCUUAUUAAAGGUCAACAGAGGCACAGACAUAGUAUCAUUUUGGAGGGGAAAAAGACAGUUUAUCUAUUACUUAUACGGAGUUGUUUGUCUAAUUAUGUGCACACUUGCUACCUCGUUUGUCAGCUUAAUAACAUGAGGAAUGUCUUUUCGGGAAUGGAAAGGAAAUGGGAAUGUGUUAAGUCAGAGCAUGUGAGCUGUUCUGAUUUAACUUGCAGUUCCACUUCCAAGUACUGCUUGUACCUGGCUGAUGAUGAAUGGCAUCAUUACAACGAGGUUUCAACCAAUUUGUGCUCUAAAAAUAACCGCGAUGGAUGGCUGUUGGAGAUUUACGACGACGAUGUUCAACAACUGGUUGAUCAGUUUGUUGCUUGUAAAGGCUUACAGCGUAAAAUUUUCCUCCUGGGGACAGAAAUGUCUCCAAAUAAGAUGAUGUGGGUCAAUGGUGCUUCGUGUUUGCUAAAUUGUGUUCAUGUAUUUCAUGGUGGAGGUUGUGAAAUAAACAUUCGAUUUGUUUUAUGGAAAUUUUCAGUUACCGGUGAAGUUGCCAACCAAGAGGACAACUUAAAUACCAUGGUGUGCCUAAUCAAAGCACAUCCGAGUGUGGAUAGUGAAGAAACUCUGAGAUACGUGGCUGAUAAUCCAAGAAGCUUGAACAAUGUCACUAGUUGUCUUGCAGCUCGGGUUUGGUCUCGUGGAAAAACAUGUUAUUUUCCUUUAGACGGAAGGUUAAGCUGGUACAAAGGCCAUUACAUGUGUGCCAAGUUGGGUGGAGGUUUGGCUGUUUUGGAUGAGUUGAGCGCGGAUGAUAUCAAGCAAAUGUGGAAUCAGCUGGAUCUAACUAAUGAUAGAUAUUGGAUCGGUCUAUCGAGAACGUUGUUAACGUGGAAAAAAACAGAACAGCCUCUAAACAACCCCAAUUGGUUAGAUGGUUUUCCAAAUGAUUUGCUGUACAAUUAUCGCAUAUUUUUAACAACGUUUAUAGAAAACAACCCUAUUAUGAACGAUUGCAGUAUUAGACCACCUAUAUUUAACGUCAUUUGCAUGCAAGAAAAUAAAAACUUCGCCACAACACCUCCAUCACCAACGACAACAACGGACUUGAUGAAACCAUCGUCGAAGAGUUCGAUAGUUUCAGCUUCCGGCAUUUUCGACCCCCAAGAUCCCAACGCAAACACUUCAUACACGUCUAACGAUGAUGCAUUCACUCAAAGUUUAGCCAUCAGUUUCGGAAUUAUAUUGCCUUCCUUGAUAAUGGCUAUCGUUAUUUUAGCAUCCAUGCUGGUGAAACUUAAAAAACAGUCCAAAAGACUGACAGGUCUUAAGAUGCAAGUUGACCCAUCCUAUGAAGAGGUCACCCCGGAGUUCUUUACGAAAUUCAACAAGAACAACGCUGUUAAUGACGAGAAUCCAUAUAUCUCUUUAUCUCCUAGUCAGGGCCGGGCUUAG